CUCAUUUACCUUUAAAAAGGGGACAACAUCUUGGAUCAAUUUCAUUCAUCUUGUCUUUUUUUUUCUUUACCUAUUCUUAUUAUUAUUUUGACAAUCUAAUCAUGAAAUUUUUCUCCUUGACCUUGAUUUCUAUGUAUGCAUGGACAGUAUUGGCAGUACCCAUGAAAAGAGAAAUGCCUCAUUUCUAUGGUGAUCAUGGAAGUUAUGACGAAGCGCCUGCUACCGAAGUGUUUGCUGGCAUUGGAACUUUUGGCCAUCUUACCUAUGAACGAUGUUUAAGUGAUCCUUCCAUUCAAUAUGAUAUUGCUGUUGUUGGUAUUCCAUUUGAUACUACAACAACAUAUAGACCUGGUGCAAGAUUUGGACCAGCUGCUAUCCGAGAAGGAUCAAGAAGAACUAUUGUAACAGGAACUUAUAAUGUUCCUUUUGGUUUUGAUCCCUAUUCUUCUGGACUUAAUUUGGUGGAUUGUGGUGAUAUCCCAGUGACACCUUAUGAUAAUGAUGUAGCUGUUGGUCAAAUGUAUAAGGGAUACCUUUCUUUAUUAGAAAGAAAUUCUACCUCGGGUGGACAUAACGCGACUGGAUCAUCCAAAAUUUCAUCACCUUUUCCAAGGAUCUUGACUCUAGGUGGUGAUCAUACCAUUGUUCUUCCCAUCCUGCGUGCAUUACAUACGUAUCAUGGACGACCAGUGAGUGUCAUCCAUUUCGAUUCACAUAUGGAUUCAUGGAAACCAUUUUCAUACAAAGGACAUGGACCCAAUUUAAAUCAUGGCACGUAUUUCUAUUUCGCUGCUAAAGAAGGCUUGAUGUCCAAAAACCAAAACAUACAUGUGGGUAUCCGAAGCAAGGUGUUCACUCCACAUGACUACAAGGAUGAUCAUAAACUUGGCUUCCAAUUGAUCGAAGCAAAUGAAAUCGAUGAGAUUGGCACAAAAGGUAUCAUUGAUCGUAUCAAGAAAGUAGUAGGUGACAACUAUGUCUAUCUUUCUUUAGACAUUGAUGUCUUGGAUCCAAGUUAUGCUCCUGCUACAGGCACUCCUGAAACGGGUGGAUUCAGUACCAGAGAAUUACGUAAAAUUAUUCGCGGUCUUGAAGGAUUGAAGUUUGUUGGUGCUGAUGUCGUUGAAGUAUCUCCAGCAUACGAUAAUGCACAAUUGACAUCUAUGGCUGCUGCCGAUGUCAUGUAUGAUAUUAUGACCAUGAUGACGAAACAUAAAGUGUAUUAGUCGCUUUUCAUUAGUUGUAUAUUUGAAUUUUUUUAUUAUUAGGAUUCAAUGCACAAAAAGAAAAAUAAACAAUAUAAUG